GAAGCAGUAGUCCGCCAGCCGUCACAGGAGCAGCACUAGGCCGGGCGGACUCCGGCCUCACCUCAAUGAUAUUUCUUGAAACUCGACUGUGAUCUCAUCUAUGGCCUUUUUUAGUAUUAAGUGCGUUGUAACAAGUGAUCCGGAGGGAUGAGAAAUACUGACAAGUCUCCUUACACCUGAGGAAUUAGACACGUGCAACACCUGGGUAUCUAUUUCAAAGGCCGUCAAAGAUGCUGAGGUGUUGCAGAUGUGCAUUGAAAUGAGCCGAGAAACAAAAUGUGCCUAAAAAUUGGAAACACGUGCCUUAUGAAGUGAUUGUGAGUGUGUGAGUAAGAGUAUUACCUGGUAUCACAUCUACCUCACACUAGGGGAGAACCCCAGCCUGGAUCUCCACCCACCUCCACCCUCUCAACUCACCUCUUCUCUACACAGGGGUGUCCACCAUGGCUGAACUGAACAAAAGCCUAACAGCCAUGGACUGGCUACCUCGCCUCAACGCCAGAGGCGCUUUCACUGGUGGUAUCUGGCUUGAUAGUAGUGCUGACACGCCGGAGCUAGUGCAAGCCGACUCUUCGACGCCUCCCUCGCCACCUACCAACAGCAAGCCACCUUACAGUUAUGCCAGCCUCAUCACGAUGGCAAUCAACAGCAGCAGUCGCAAGAAGAUGACUCUGGCAGAAAUCUACCAGUGGAUCACUGACAGCUUCUGCUACUACCGCCAAGCUGCCUCUGGCUGGAAGAACUCUGUGCGCCACAAUCUCUCUCUCAACAAGUGCUUCAAAAAGGUACCGCGUACAAAGGACGACCCUGGCAAGGGUUCCUAUUGGGCCAUCGAUGCAUCCCAUACUGCCGACGACCCACUCUCCAAGAAAAGGAAGCAGUCAUGUCCCAGGUUCAACCCGUAUCUGACGAUGAGUGACAGAACUACCUCGUACAACACUGCCCUGAGCAAGACAGAUGUCAAUGCCUCCACAGUAGCAGCCAUGGCUGCUGCUGGAGUGCCUGACACCCACUUAGGUCCUGGUGGCACCCUCAUCAGCUCCUGGAGUCACCAGGCCACGCUUGAACCCUGGUCGCAACACCAGCAGUUGUGGAACUCUGAUCUCGAGGGGUUCGCAUUAGACAGUCGACCAGUAGCCAGUGUGCCUGUGAGUGUGGGAGUAGGCGGAGUGGUGGAAGGUGAACCUGCUGGAGUGGAUGGUAUCACCAUGAAAGAGUGCGAUCUACAUCUUCUCAAUAACCUCACACCUGAGUUACUUAAAGAAUAUUCUGACCUCUUUACGUCAUCUGUGGGAAGUCAAAAUGUUGUGGGGAGUAUGGGAUAUGGGUAUGGGGUACUUCCUGUGUCCAUGCCCAUGAGCACCACUAUGCCCACACUCACAACCCUCUCCACUUCUAUGCACACUACUCAAAAUGUGUCAGUAAAUAGCAUACCUAUUCCCCUACAAAGUGCAUCAGGAGAGACACUUGAAACAUUAGUGGCAGAUCCUUUACUUGUGUCCAAUGCUGUUCCUCCUGAUGAUGUGCUUAGAUCGCCUCAGCAAGCCAGCAGUCCUGGGGAGCUGCCUCUGGAUGGUAGUUUUAGUUUAAGUGGGCACAGUGACUUAGGAGAGAACAGCACCUCACUGGCAUCUCUCAGCGAAACAGUAAGUGCUGCCAGCCAUGGGUCUGGUGGAACAGUAACCAUCAUGAGACGAGAACCUUCCAUCUCAAGUCCCCAGCCUCUGUCAGAGCCUCUGACUCACCUGCUUGCUCCUCUGACGCCCCCGGGGCACACCCGUGCCCUCCACAGCACUAAUCCCACCAAUGAUGAUGAUGGACUAGAAGGAGCACUGGUGUGUGGUCUGGCUGAGAAUAUGGAGGCUAUCCAGGUGGGACUCAUCACUGGCUCAGGCCCACAUUCUGAUGAUGAAGAAAUCACUGACGACUUCAAUUGGGAGAGACUCCUCUAGAGAAAUUGUUGUUCUCAUCAUUAUAUUUCUGGGGCAAUACUAAACCUGUGGUGGGUAUACAGUGCAUGGGAAAUGGGAUGUAAUCAUGUUUGAUCCAAGGAAAAGGAAGAUAGCUAGAAUUCCUUGGAUCAAGAGUUUCCCCUGGUAAUAACUGUGUCCAAAGCCAAUGUGACAUAACAUAUCAAAUAAAAUAGAAACAUGCUGGCUUAAACAUGAGUUAUUUUGGUGCUGUGCACUAAUGGUUUGAAGAAGUGCUUAAAAGUUAGGCAUAUUUUCCUGUAGUUUGUGUUUUGUAUACAGGAUGUUCUUAGCUUUAAAAAACCUCACAAUAACUGUUGUGUGGAGGCAGAAUAUAAAUCUGUGAAUAUAUGCAUACAGUACAUAUACUUAAUUAGUUGGAAAAAACAAAACAGAAUCCUUCAAGGGAGGUGAAUUGGUAAUGAAGGACUUUUGAUUCAAGGAUUUGAAGCUACCCUCCCUUUCGUUACAUCAAAACUGACUACCUUCCAUUCCCCAAGCUAUAUUUGGCCCCUAGGGGUUUAGAACUUUUCCCUGAAUUUAAAAAUAAUAAUAGACAUAACCGAGUGCUUUCAUACACUUACACACAUUGAAUGAAUUAUUUAUCCAUAGGAGAGUACUAAUCUUGCAUAGUUCAAUCCCCUUCAUCCCUUUAAGAUGAGUGCAUUCAUGCCAGUGAAGAGCUCUUACUUCCAGGAAUUGCAGCUCUCCUUCCCUUGGGUAAAACCCAUUUACUUCCCAUUCCCCAUGUACUGUAGGAAGGAGAGCGCCCCGAAAAGUGGACAAGUCAGGAAGAUUA